CUCCAAAUCCAAACUUAACUUAUUCAUUCAGUCCAGUCGAUACAAGCAAGCAAGAUGAAAAAGUAAAAGUAAAAAGUUAAGAUGUGUUUCACGCCAAAUAUGGUUUUUUUGUACUUUUUCAAGUGGCCUGAUAAAUAAUUAUUGUUCCAUAUAUAUAUGCCAGUAUAAGGAUAUAAUCGAAUAUAAAUAUUAAUUUCUUCAAUCGGACGUAAAUACCUACCCGUAUUGGAAUUCAAGUUUUAAAUUGUAAUUAUAAAACUUCAAACACAACUGGUGCUGCAAAUUACUUCAAAAUGAGUGAAAUUACACUAUAUCUUUGGAAACCGAAGCUGCCAUGUUCCGUUGGCCAUAUUGCAAUGCAGUUUCCAGAUGGCGAAUACAUUAGCUUUUGGCCAAGCACUUGUAAAUCAAUUACAGCUAAAGGCAGAGGCUGUUCUAUGUCAUACAAAGAGGACAUAGGCAUAAACAAGGAGAAACGGGAAGCUGAUAAAAUAUUGAAGCUUCCCAGCAGCAUAAUUAAUCAAGAAGAUGCAAUCAAUUGGUGGAACGAUUAUUUGUGCUCUUCUUCUACUAAUUACAACCUGGUCGCAGUCAACUGCGCUACCUCUGUGUUCAAUUGCCUCGUUCAGGGUGGUAUUUUAUCGAACUGUGCCUAAUCUUUAUCGUCCGAAUUACUUCCAGAAGAUAACACCUAAUGGGGUAUUUCGCUUGGCUUGUAAAGCUGAACAUUUGAUGAAUGAAGCUUAAAAAUUAAUUUUAUAUUUUGAAAAAUAUUCAAUACCUGUAUUCUUACUUUAUAUAUGCAUAUAAUAUGUAAUUCAAGUUAUGUCCCAUAAAAAAGCAAAAAAAAUUAUUAAAAAUUAUAUGUAGUUAUUUAGGAUAAAAAAAAUGUUUUCAACUGAUUUUUCAGUUGAUUUAUAACGAAAUCUUUACUAUUUCCGUACUAUUGUAUUUUUGGCAUAUUAUAAUUAGUUAUAUUAACGUAUUUAAGGUUUUAUAUUUCUCAUAUAACGCAGUAGGAGACAAUGUUAUAAAUAAACAUCUUGAAAUUACAAAUUAUAAUACAUAAUAAAUAAAUCAGGUCAAUCAAUA